AAUGACAGCUCCGGGCGGCAGUGAGGCAAGCGCCGUCAGGCGCCAAAGUGGUUUUUUUUUUUCUUUUCUUUUUUUUUUUUCCGCCGAAGCCGAGCGGGCGCUGCUAGCGGAGGCGCCAUAUUGGAAGGGACAAAACUCCGGCGACAGCGAGUGACACAAAUAAACCCCUGGACCCCCUCGUCCCCGCAGCUCUAAGGGCCGCGAUGUUGUACCUAGAGGACUAUCUGGAAAUGAUUGAGCAGCUGCCUAUGGACCUGCGGGACCGCUUCACGGAGAUGCGCGAGAUGGACCUGCAGGUGCAGAAUGCAAUGGAUCAAUUAGAACAAAGAGUCAGUGAAUUCUUUUUGAAUGCAAAGAAAAAUAAACCGGAGUGGAGAGAAGAGCAAAUGGCAUCCAUCAAAAAAGACUACAUUAAAGCUUUGGAAGAUGCAGAUGAGAAGGUACAGUUGGCAAACCAGAUAUAUGACUUGGUAGAUCGACACUUGAGAAAGCUGGAUCAGGAACUGGCUAAGUUUAAAAUGGAGCUGGAAGCUGAUAAUGCUGGAAUUACAGAAAUAUUAGAGAGGCGAUCUUUGGAAUUAGAUACUCCUUCACAGCCAGUGAAUAAUCAUCAUGCUCAUUCACAUACUCCAGUGGAAAAAAGGAAAUAUAAUCCAACUUCUCACCAUACGACAACAGAUCAUAUACCUGAAAAGAAGUUUAAAUCUGAAGCUCUUCUAUCUACCCUUACAUCAGAUGCCUCUAAGGAAAAUACGCUAGGUUGUCGAAAUAACAAUUCUACGACCUCUUCCAACAAUGCUUACAAUGUGAAUUCCUCCCAGCCUCUGGCAUCCUAUAAUAUUGGCUCAUUAUCUUCAGGAACUGGUGCAGGGGCAAUUACCAUGGCAGCAGCUCAAGCAGUUCAAGCUACAGCUCAGAUGAAAGAGGGACGAAGAACAUCAAGUUUAAAAGCCAGUUAUGAAGCAUUUAAGAAUAAUGACUUUCAGUUGGGAAAAGAAUUUUCAAUGCCCAGGGAAACAGCUGGCUAUUCAUCAUCUUCGGCACUCAUGACCACGUUAACACAGAAUGCCAGUUCAUCAGCAGCUGACUCCCGAAGUGGGAGAAAGAGCAAAACCAACAACAAAUCUUCAAGCCAGCAGUCAUCCUCCUCCUCCUCUUCCUCCUCUCUAUCAUCCUGUUCUUCGUCAUCAACUGUCGUACAAGAAAUCUCACAACAAGCAACAGUGGUACCAGAAUCUGACUCAAACAGCCAGGUUGAUUGGACUUAUGACCCGAAUGAACCGCGAUACUGUAUUUGUAAUCAGGUAUCCUAUGGUGAGAUGGUGGGCUGUGAUAACCAAGAUUGCCCUAUAGAAUGGUUCCAUUAUGGAUGUGUUGGAUUGACAGAAGCACCAAAAGGAAAAUGGUACUGUCCGCAGUGUACUGCUGCAAUGAAGAGGAGAGGCAGUCGGCACAAAUAAAGGUGGUCCCUUAAUUUGAGGAAGAGAAAAGCUCAGCUAAACAUUUUAUGUAAGACUUUAAAAAAGAAGAGGAAGAAGAAACAGUGCAUUUCCAGGCAACCACUUAAAGGAUUUACAGACAAUCCUGUAAGAUCUUGAACUUGAAUUUUAUGGGUUGUAUUUUAAUAAUGUAAGUAAAUUAUUUAUGCACUCCUGGUGUGCUAUGAAUAUUAUUCCAGUUAGCCUUGGAUUAUUUCAGUGGCCCAACAUAUGCAGACAUUUAUACUCCUCAACCAUUUUCUCAAAGUUAUGGGCAUUCUAUAAUUUAGACUUCAAAGAAUUCCAACGAUGAAGAUUUUAAGAAAAGUAUUUUAUAUUCAACAGGUAUGUUCUGCUGCAUGUACUGUACUCCAGAGCUGUUAUGUAACACUGUAUAUAAAUGGUU